GUACAGGCUGCAAGAAGCUGGUUACUGCCUCGGGUAAGGAAAUGGAGUGGGCACAGAUGGCUUGUCACCGUUGCCUGAUGUACCUGGGCGACCUUGCGCGAUACCAGAACGAGCUGGCUGGGGUGGACACGGAGCAACUGGCCGAGAGGUUUUACUAUCAGUCACUGUCGGUGGCACCCCAAGUGGGCAUGCCCUUUAACCAGCUUGGGACGCUGGCUGGAAGCAAACAUUAUAACGUCGAGGCCACUUACUACUACCUCAGAUGCAUCCACUCUGAAAUGCCCUUUGAAGGGGCCUACGGCAACCUGAAGCGUCUCUUUGACAAAGCUGCCAAGGCCUAUCACCAGAUCCGUCACACUGACUCCAAGAAACUCUCCGUGAACAAGCAGAGGUCCAGAGAUAUCAAGCGGUUGUUGGUGAGCUUCAUGUAUCUCCAGAGCCUUCUCCAGCCCAGGAACAGCACCGUCAAUGUGGAGGUGACUUCCAUUUGCCAGACGGUGCUGGAGGACUUCAACCUCUGCCUCUUCUACCUGCCCUCAAACCUCAAUCAGAGUGCCUCGAGUGAGGAGGAGGAGGACUUGGACCGGGGCUACAGCUUCCUGCCUGACCUGCUGAUCUUCCGCAUGAUGGUCAUCUGCCUCAUGAGUGUCCACAGCCUCAAAAAGACAGGUAUGAAACAGUACAGUGCCGCCAUCGCGUUCACCCUCGCCCUUUUCUCCCACCUGGUGAACCAUGUGAAUAUCCGACUGCAGGCGGAGCUCGAGGAUGUGGAGAACGCUGUCCCUUCCUUACAGACCGAGAAUCCAGACGAGGUCGAGACGAAGGACCCGCCGCGCGAGCUGGAGCCCGAGUCGGCCGACAAGGUGCAGAACGGGGCGCCCCUGCCGGCUGGCAAGGCCAAGGGCAAGAAGUACUCGCGGCUGGCACAUCUCCGGAGGCGGCGACACCCCCGGCAGAAGGCUGACGAGAGCGACCUGAGCGAGGGCUUCGACUCGGACCCCAGCGACAACUCGGCCAAGGACAGCGAGCGCUCGGACAGCGGCUCCGAGAAGAGCGAGGAGGAGGACGAGGAGGAGGAGGAGGAGGAGGAGGCUGAGGCCGCCUUCGACCUGGAGUCGGACUCGGACAUGAACAGCCAGGAGUCCCGCUCCGACCUCGAGGACAUGGAGGAGGAGCCGGGCAGCGGCCGCAGGGAGGAGGGCGGGCGGAGCAAGGCCGCUGCCGGCGCCCCGCCGGCCCCUCCCCCGCCGGCCCCGCCCACUGCCCCCGACGCCCCCCUGCCCAACGGGCCGGGCAGCGCCACCGACGCGGCCAUCGCCAGCAACCUCCAGGCCCUGUCCUCGCAGAUGUUCCAGCCCAAGAGGUGCUUCCGGCUGGCGCCCACCUUCAGCAACAUCGUGCCGAAGCCACCGCCUGGCAAGGGGGACCCUGUGCUCUCACUGCCUGACAAGCCUUGUGCCAACGGCGUCCUCCAGGCCCCGGGUGUCGCUGAACAUGACACCGGCUCGGACUCCGAGGAGAGCGACGCCAGCAGCAAGUCGUCCCGGAAGGAGAAGAGUCCCCUGGAGAAACUGGACAUCCUGUCCAAGGAGGGCCUGCUGAUCACCAUCAAGAUCUUCCUCGACUGGCUGCGGAGCAACACCGACAUCAUCCUGACGUGUGCUCAGAGCUCCCAGAGUCUGUGGAAUCGCCUGUCGGUCCUCUUGAACAUGUUACCCGAAGGAGCCAAGAUGCGAGAACCAGGCAUGUCCUUCCGUGAUGGGAUUGUCCAGCUGCUGAACCAGUGUGAGGAGCCUGAGCUGGCCCAAGCUGUCCUCCUCCCCGAAGACAUGGCCCUCCGCUACCUGCCUGUCCUUCGUUCCGCCCACAGGAAGCUCAAGGUGGAGCAGACCAGUCUGGCAGUGACCACCCUGGAGGAGUCGGUGGUCCGUGUUUGCUGCAUCCGGAGUUUUGGUCACUUCCUGACCCGUCUCCAGAAGAACGUCCUACAGUAUAACGCCGAGCUCGGGAUCUUCAUCAGUAUCAGCCAGCUGGAGGAGGAGACCCUGAUGGAAAAGGCACAGGCGCAGUUCCGGAUGGCCGAGGAGGAGGCUCGGAGGAACCGGCUCAUGCGAGACAUGGCCCAGCUCAGGCUCCAGCUGGAAGUGUCCCAGUUGGAAGGAAGCCUCCAGCAGCCGAAGAGCCAGUCGACCAUGUCUCCGUACCUGAUCCCCAACACCCAGGCCAUCUGCCAGCAGUUGGCCAACAUCAGACAACUGGCAAAUAGUGGGCGAUUCAUUAUCAUCAUCCCCCGUACGGUAAUCGAUGGGUUGGAUUUUCUGAAGAAAGAAAACUCCGGAGCACGAGACGCCAUCCGGUUCCUGGAAACUGAGUUCAAGAAGGGAAACCGGUACAUCCGUUGUCAGCGGGACACUGGCAGGAUGGUGGAGAGGCACAGACUGAAAAGGCAGGAUCUAGAUGCAUGGCACUUGUAUAAGAUCCUGGACAGCUGCAAGCAACUUACGGUCUCACAGGGCAGUGGAGAGGAGGAGGUGUCUGGGAUGGUCACUAUCCUGACGGAUUUCUCCCCUGAUAAUCCCGGCUCUCUCUCCAGCCAUGUACAGGUUGCCCUACACGCAGCUCACAACAGCGGCGUGGACGUCAAGAAUAUCCUGGAUUUCUACCGUCAGUGGAAGGAGAUGGGCUGAAGGCUGGUCAAGGGGGGUCACGACCUCGGAUGAACCUCUCCAGAUGCAGUAACGCAGCCAUGGGUGUCUGAUGGAAGGUGGUUGGGCCGCUGCUGUGUUCGUGACGACCUGAAGCGCGAGCCAAACGCGAGAAACGCCGGCAAAAAAAAAAAUCUCAACAUCCGAGGGGGGGGCGGGGAAUAUUUUGGGGUUUUAACAAAAAAAGGAAGAGGGGGGAACGCCAUGUUUCUUUUUGACCCUCCUUUUUAACACACAGGUGUGAGGAAAUGGGGGUGGGUGGGGGAGGUAGCGAUUCUCCCAGACCGACUAUCUCCAGGGCGCGGUGUUAGAAACAGGCAGCGGCCGAUUCUGCCCCCCCCCCCACCCCUCACUUCCGCCCAUUGGUUGCUUAGCCCGCCACUCCCUGGCUCUCGUUCUGGCUGGUGGAAUCCUACACAGCUCGAGAGCGAGAGAGAGAGAGGCGACCCCUCUCUCUCCUUUCCUCACCAAACCCUCCCCCCUCCCCCACCACAAUCCUAUUUUCCUGGCGUCGCUCAGUAUUGGGCGGUGUUGGCACCCGCUGGCGCAGGCUGGCCCGAGUUUGACCCGGCCUCUUACACAGCCCAACGGGGACGCUCUCACCCUUCCUACUUCCAUUUUAACUUUCUCUUCUUCCACAUCGGGAGCUGCCUCUCUUUUUUAUAAAAAAAAAACAAAAAAAAUUCUCCCCUUUGCCUGUCUGUGUGCGGGUGUGUGUGUUUU